CGCACUGUCUUAUCAUCGGUUCGUGGAAACUAGAAAGUCUUCCCCUCACAAUCUUUGCUUUCUUCAAAAAAAUUUCAAUCUAAUUUAUUUGAAGUCUCUAAUCUCUAUAUAAAGUUCUCUAUUUCAAGAUACUUUUUCAGCAAGAGCAAUCAAAUGGCGAAUCUAAUUUCGUUUCACGAUGUGGCUAAACAUAAGUGCAAGAACGAUUGUUGGAUUCUCAUCCAUGGAAAGGUCUAUGACAUCAGUACUUUCAUGGACGAACAUCCCGGCGGUGACAAUGUUCUCCUCGCCGUCACCGGAAAAGACGCGUCGAUCGAUUUCGAAGACGUGAACCAUAGCAAAGAUGCGAAGGAGCUGAUGAAGAGAUACUGUAUCGGUGACGUUGACCAGUCAACGGUUCCGGUGACGAAAAAGUAUAUUCCGCCGUGGGAGAAGGAAUCUACGGCGGCGGAAGCAACUAAAGAAGCAUCUGGAAACAAGCUUCUUGUUUACUUGAUUCCUCUCUUGAUUCUCGGCGUUGCUUUCGCUCUCAGAUUCUACAACAACAACAACAACAAGUAGACAAAAUCAUGAUGAGAAGAUUGAUCACAGUUUCUUACUGUUCUUGGUUUUUGUGUGUUCGUAAUAACGGGCUUUUUAUGUG